AUGAAGAGGAAGCUCAGUGCACUUUUGAGAGAUACAAGUUCAGCCAUCGCCAUGUCCACUCACUCAGUCAAGCUCACAGAGCGCGAGAAACAGCUCCGCUCUCUUCUUCUGAACGUCGCCAAGUUCAUUGACACGACAACGACGCUCGACCAGCCGCUGGUUCUGCGCUGGGCCGGCGGUUGGGUAAGAGACAGACUCCUCGGCAUAGAGAGUCAUGACAUUGAUGUGGCAAUCAAUGCCAUGACCGGGCAGCAGUUUGCGCAGCACAUCUCAGAGUACUGCAAGCAGCCCGACGCCGCAAAGACCCAUGGCUUUGCCCCUGGAGACAUUGGCAGGCUGCACCGCAUUGCGAGCAACCCGGACAAGUCCAAGCAUCUCGAGACCGCCAUGGUCAAGCUCUUUGGCAUGGACCUUGACUUCGUCAAUCUGCGCAAAGAGACGUAUGCCGAGGACAGUCGGAACCCUCAGAUGGAGUUUGGUACCGCAGAGGAAGAUGCUCUUCGCCGGGAUGCCACCAUAAACGCUUUGUUUUACAAUCUGCACACCGAGGAGAUUGAAGAUUUUACCGGCGGCAUCCGCGACAUGGAGGCGAAGAUAAUUCGGACUCCCCUCGAACCCUAUCAAACGUUUAUAGAUGAUCCCCUCAGAGUACUUCGUCUCAUACGUUUCGCCGCUAGGCUAGGGUUUACUAUCGAUGAGACGUCGAAGAAAUUCAUGAACAACAAGGAUAUCCUUGAGGCUCUCCGGAAGAAAAUCAGCCGUGAAAGAGUUGGUGUUGAAUUAGAAAAGAUGCUGAAGGGCAAAACACCCCGAUCGGCACUGGAGAUAAUUAACCGUCUUGGCCUCUACCAAGCAAUUUUUAGCGAUCCGGCGGAAGAAAAUGUUGCAUUGCCCGAUAUAUCCCGAUGGCAUGUCGCCUACAGCUGUCUUGACGAACUAUUAAAGGAUAGAGAGCCGGGCUCAAUAUCUCAGCUGUUGAUUGAUGUUGAUGACAGCGAUACUACGUAUUUGGCGUGGAAUCUCGCUGCUGUGAGCCCCUGGAUCUCCAGAGUUGAUCGCUCUGGGCGCAAGCAAAAGGCAAAUGCCCUCCCGCCCGUUGGUGUCAUCGCCCGUGAAGGGUUUAAAGCCUCGAACAAGCUCACAACUGUCAUGACAGCCUGUCACAAGCAUCGUGCUGAAAUACUUGACCUAAAAAAGGCAGUGUGUGAGAAUUCGCCGAUAGUAGAGCAACGAGACACCUUGGGCAUGGCCAUUCGGAAGUGGGAAGCAGUGGGCGGACACUGGAAGGUUCAAGUGUUAGGAGUGAUAAUGAUCGAUGCUAUGGAACAGCUUAAAGAUUUUUCCGCUGAGAAGGGUAAAGAUCAUACAGUGUUCCUUGAAGGAUGGGAAAAGUUCCUUCAGCAUCUCGUUAAACUUGAUAUUUUCGAUGCCCCCAAUUUGAAGCGAAUUAUAGAUGGACGAGCUCUGGCCAAGGCCCUGGGGGUCCCGCCGGGCCAAUGGAUGGGCAAAGCUUUGGACAUCUGCAUGGCUUGGCAGCUUCGAAAUCCGGCAGAGGAGAGUCCAGAUGGUGCAAUACAGGAAGUGAGAGACAAAGCCGAGGAUCUGGGUAUAAAACUAGAAUGA